GGAUGCAGGGACUUGUAGUACACAGUUGUUUUUAUCGCCGUUGUAGUGAACACGAAAAGACCACAGCUCCCGUCAUGCUGCGCGCAUUCAGACUUUAACUACGAGAAGCUCUCCAUACAAAAUAACAAGUCUGCAGGAUUUCUAAUGGUGCCAGGUAAGAUGUGGUGUACCAAGUUGGCGUGGCUUUAUCCUCUCACUAGAGCAGGGGUAGGCAACCUGCUAACAAAAGGGACUAAGAAGCAAGUUCGCCUUUAUUCCAGAUUUCACAGAGCUUUUCCGUCAGUUCGAUGGCUCAGUACAGCUCCUGAGGCCAAUAUGUGCUCAUGGGUUCUGCACAAUGAUCACUUUGAACUUCUUUACUCUGGAUCAUGUAUGCGUUUCAAUUACGUUUGGCUGCGGGACCACUGUCGCUCCUCUUCGUGUUUCAAUUCCAAAACCAACCAGCGUAGCCUCGACACGGCCAGUGUGGAACUCGACAUCAAGCCCACACAGGUGCGAGUGGAUGAGACGAAUAUAUAUCUAACUUGGCCGGAUGGUCAUAAAACUCGGUACGGUUUGGAAUGGUUGAUGCAGAACUGCUAUGAAGGACAGAAACAACGGUUUGUCCAGCCUCGGGUGUUGUGGAAUGCAAAGAUCUACAACGAGGCAGAUAUACCAACCGUUAGCUUUUUAGACUUCCUGGAAACUCAGGAGGGGCUGAGAAACUUCCUAGAGAAUUUCUUACUCUAUGGUAUUGCCUUUGUAGAUGAUGUCCCAGGAACCCGAGAAGACACGGAAAGGGUAGCCACACGUAUCAGCCACAUCCGAGAAACUAUCUAUGGCAAGAUGUGGGAUCUCACUUCUGACUUCUCGCGAGGGGACACUGCUUACACAAAACUAGCUUUGGAUCGGCACACAGAUACCACUUAUUUUCAGGAGCCCUGCGGCAUGCAGCUCUUCCAUUGUCUACGGCAUGAAGGCACAGGGGGUCGUACUUUGUUAGUGGAUGGCUUCUAUGCUGCAGAUCAGGUUCGGCAACGUUCAAGUGAAGACUUUGACCUGCUUUGCAAUGUGCCAAUGAAACAUGAAUACAUCGAGCAUGGGGUGGGGAGAAAUAACCACAUGGUGGGCAUUGGCCCUGUAUUGAAUGUCUACCCUUGGAAUAAAGAGUUGUACAUGAUCAGGUACAAUAAUUACGAUCGGGCUGUCAUCAACACUGUACCUUACGAUGUGGUCCGCCGCUGGUACGCAGCUCAUCGCACACUCACUAAUGAACUGAGGAAGCCUGAAAAUGAGCUGUGGGUGAAGCUAAAACCAGGGAAGGUACUUUUUGUGGAUAACUGGAGAGUCUUGCAUGGGCGGGAGUCCUUCACAGGAUACAGACAGCUCUGUGGAUGUUAUAUGACCCGAGAUGACAUUUUGAACACAGCACGUUUACUUGGCCUAAAAGGCUAACUGCUGGCCAUUAUACAUACAUAGAUCGAUUCUCAUACCAGAAAAACCAUCUGACCACAGCAUUUCUAGCCCAGAAUUCACAAUGUUAAGGUGAUCUGGUGAAUUAUGACGAUUCUGGCACUUGCAAGACAAGCAUUCUUAACCCGAAUCACAUCAAUGGAAAUCUUUCUGCUACAUUAAUUCCAAGCUUUUAGACUCUAUAAUGACAAAGCAGCAUUUAUUUGCUCUUUAUUCUAAUAUCCAUUAUUUCACUUAUUUCUACAAUGACGUUGAAAAGACAAAAUCAUUUCUGAUUAAUACAUGGAAACUCAUUCCUUCAUCCUAUUGCAGACAAUGAAAUUUUAUAGGCAUAAGAACUGUGGUCACCUCCUGUCAUACAUGGUCAUGGUGGAUAACUGGUUCUCGGCACUUGAACUUGUGGAAGAAAAGUUAGGCAAACACAUUGGAAGUAAGAGGCAGAGCUGAUCUAGGUCUACUGAACUUUUCACACAUGUACGGGCUAACAUUGCAUUUCACACAU